AUAAAGUAUCAGUAGGUCAAUUAAAUUGAAACAAAAUGUACUCUAAGUUAUUUGCUUUAAGCGCCUUAUUGGCGGUUGCAUCCGCUGGACUUGUCCCCGCUGCUCACUACAGCCCAGCUUCUGCCGUCUCCUCCCAGAGCAUUAUUCGUCAUGAGCAGCCCAUCGCAGUAGCUGCACCAGUCGCCUACCACUCAGCCCCCGUCGCCUACCAAGCCGCCCCCAUCUCCUACCAAGCCGCCCCCAUCUCCUACCAAGCCGGCCCCGCCCGCUACUCGUCCGCCGCCGUCUCCUCCCAGAACAUCGUCCGCCACGCCCAGCCCCUCGCCGCUGCUGUAGCGUACCGCGCAGCACCCAUCGCCUCUGUAUCAUACGGCGCCCCCGCCCGCUACUCCUCUGCCGGCGCUGUCUCCUCUCAGAACAUCGUUCGUCACGGCAGCUCAGCCGCAGUGCUCGCCGCGCCCGUCCACUACGCCGCCCCCGCGCCGGUCGCCAUCGCUCACGCCGCCCCCGCCCAGGUCCACACCGUCGUCGAGGAGUACGAUGCGCACCCCAAGUACGACUUCGCCUACUCCGUAGCGGACGGCCACUCCGGUGACAACAAGUCUCAGCACGAGAGCCGCGACGGCGACGUCGUGCACGGAGAGUACUCGCUGCUGGAGGCUGACGGUUCCGUGCGCACAGUCCAGUACACCGCUGACCCGCACAACGGAUUCAACGCCGUCGUCAGCAACUCCGCUCCCGCUCAUCAAGCCGCUCCCGCUCACGGCCCCAUCUAUGCUGCUAGUCAUUAAUUGUAAAUAAACUCUAGUCAAGAAUUGUUAUGUAAAAUAGUGAUUUUGAAAUUAUAGCGAUAUCACAAAUAA